GCCACCCACCCCCCCUCGCCACACCCCGCCGUCGCCGCCUCAGCAGCAGCAGCAGCAGCGCUCGUCUCCUUGCACGUUUCCGUUGGGGCCCUGCAGCUCAGCCAGAGUCAAGGACCUCUCAAGACAAGGUUCCCUCGGGUGAAACGUGCGCCAGCGAAUCUCGCCGUGGGAUACGCAACUCACUCCCCUGCAAACCCUUCCUGCCACAGCGACCAAACUUCGCGAAAGGAGACGAUCCAGCCGCCAAGAUACAACUGCAACAGAAACGCAAGGUGCCUACCUACUAGACGCGACGCAUGCGCACGCAUAAACCUCGACCGCUGGCAAGAGCGAUCUCGCGCAUCGAACCCCCAGCCUCCGACGGCGCGGGUCCCCGACGACCGCUCGAACGAAGGCGGAUCGCGACAGUCGCACUGUCGCAAGUAAUCGCGGACAGGCCGCCUGAUCCCCAGUUGCGCCGUCCACGCAACAACGAGGGCUUCUGACAGCUUUAGCGCUGCGCCGCCCCUGACUGGUCUCUCGACCACGAAGGCGAAACGAAACGAGGCGUGGCAUCACCAGCUUCAGUACCCUCGCGCUUCGGGGCCGCCCUCCAUGCCUUCGUCGCCGUUGCUCGCCGUGAACAACAACGUCUCGCUCAUCAGCAUUCACGUCGCGCCCAGCAGCUGGCUCGCUUCCGUCAUCAUCGUUCUCGUCUUUCUCGCCCUCUACAUCCCCCGUCUGUCACUGCGCAUCCCGCGGUUCGCACUACCGGCGCUGCCGUCUAUCCCCAGCCCACCGCUGCCGGCGCUGCCUUCUUACCGCCGCCUGACGGCGCCAAGCGAACGAGCUCUUCCUGCGCUUCCCGCGCCCUCCAGCAUCAGUGCCGACAAACAAGUCGUUCUUCGCCGCCAUCACUCGUCUGCACCCACGGUAGCUUCCACCGCACUCUCUGCCUCAGACCUGACCGCGCAUAGCAUACGCGAUGGCUGUCGAUCCUCUCGAAGGUCUCGACGCCUCUUUGCGGGACUUCGAGCCUCCAAUCAGCCCUACGAGCAUGCGCCACUCGUCAGCUCUGCCCAGCGAACCGGCCACGGAGGAUCUCGAGGAAUCGGACAUCGCUUCCGGCGGUGGGUACUCGCCGCCAGCGUGGCGGAACCUCGGCAACGGAGAUCGGAGUCGCGGCUUCUGGAAGCCCCAGCCUGAGCUAUUCCGUAGGGCGCUGUCGCCCGAUUCAGAUGACGACUAUCCGAGCGACGACGAUGUCAUCCUCGAGCAGGCUAUUCGCACCAGGCUGCCCCAAGGUAGCCUCAGCCCGGACAAGGGCCGCAGCCCGAGCCCACCGCCACCAGCUGAGGACACGACUCUGAAGGUUGACCACAAGAGCCCGUCCCGAGAGCUGCCCUUGGCGGAUCUGAGGGCUUCACCACAACCGCCAGAUAACUACAUCCGCUUUGCUGUGCGCGCCGAAGUUUUACAGCGCACAAAGCCCAUUGAGAACGCCAUAUUAUUCCUUCAGAAGCAAUACAAUGCCAUAUUUGCGAGCUGGGGCACCAUCUUGACUACGGCCCUCAUCGCGGUACUGUCCAUCUCCACAGCUAAGAUGCUAUCAAAACCUGCGGCACCAAGACCAGUGGGCGAUCUAGUCAAGAUCGCGGGGCUCGCGCGCUCAUUUGAGCCGCUCAUUUACUUCUCCGAACCGGCCGUCGCGCAUGUCAAGGAACUGCAGUCGACGAGCAUCGCCAUCUGGGACCUGGGCGAAUCGGUGCGCAUCAGCGGCAUGGCGGACGCCGACACCAUCGUGCAGAACCUCGACGCAAUUAGCGAGACCAUGAAGAAGCUCGUGCUAGACUUGACCAGGUUUCACACCCACGUCGACGGUGACAUCGAUGCUAUCCUCGAUGUCAUGGAUUGGGCAAAGAUGCACCUAAACCGCCUCAACACGCGGCCUCCUCCUUCCCACCUCUCACACGCAUACGACAAUAUCCACAACCUCCUCACUGACGCCCACAUCCUCGAAGAUGCCACAGGCGCGCCAACCCGCGCGGGUCGCGUCACCACCGCCGUGUUCGGCAUGAGCAACCCGCAGCGCGAGCAGAGGAUGAUUCAGCGCCUCUUCACGGCCUUCAUCUCCACCAUCGAGGAGGCGAUCCAGGAUGAGCUCGAGCACAGCGUCAGUCUCUUCGCCCUCUUUGACGACAUCGACAACCACUUCCUCAAGCUCGCGCGGCAUGUGGCGCACGAGUCGUCCACCCAGGAGGAGUUCCACGCCGAGCUCCUCUCGGGGCUCUGGGCACGGAUGCUUGGCCCUCGCGCCGCUGAGCUGCGCAAAUUCGAGCGCAACAAGGCUCUCCUGCACGACGUGCGCCACAAGACGGUGCGCAACAAGGGCAACCUCGUCAGCCACCACGGCAAGCUGCUCACGCUCAAGGCCUCGCUCGAGUCCCUGCGCGGCAAGCUCGCCUCCCAGCUCGUCCGCGGCCUCAACUCGAGCACCCUCACCCUCGAGGACCAGAUCCGCGGCAUCGCCGGCGUGCGUGACUACCUCUCCGACAUUCGUCGCGAGCAGAAGAGCAAGGUCAUGGAGACACUCUACUCCAUCGACCGCACCAAAAAGUACAGCGUCACACCCGAGAUUGAGAUGGGUCCCGGUGGCGCCGGCUUGUAAGACACGUGCUUCUCUUGGCUGGCUUUGGUCGUACUUCUCUUUCUGCCGGCUCAUUUGGUCUUUGCCGGGUUUGUUUCCCUCGCCCAUAAGACGACAGACAACCAACCCACAUACACACACACACACACACACAACACACAUGCACACUCUCUGCAUUUCUCUGCAAUACAUGUUUCUCAAGGGGGGCGUUGGAAGGUGGCCGGGGCAUAUCAUAUCACUUGUCUUUUUUCCCUCAUCUUCUUAAACACGGUGGGCACCACGGAAAUGGCAUCGCGUUUCUGUAUGUGUUUUGGAAAGGGGAGUCAAAGGAAAAGGGGGCCAGACCCCAACCCCAAUCCCGUUGAAGUUGGGGGUAGUAGAGUGGCCCCUUUUUGGCCUGCUCUUGUCUCUUUGACUCUCAUUGGCAUGGGAAGGUUUUGCUUUCACGGUCAGUUGGUCGGGCCGAACGGGCGGGGGGGAGGGUCGGCGUCUUUUGUUUUUGCCUCAUACGGACGAGGAGUUUUGCUUCUCCCUCUCUAUAUGCAUGUUUUGUAGAAUUCGGGGCGUUUUCUCACCAUCGAGGAGGGAGGGAUGGGGGAAGGAAAGAUGGAGGAGGGAGGGAAGACGGAGGGCGCGGUGCCCGUGGGCGACGGGAGUAUUGGAACAUGCGUAUAUACUUUGGAUUUCUAUUAGUUAAUCCAGCUAAGCAAUAUGAGGUCUAUGGGCA